AUGCAACCCACCACCCUCCUCCACCACAACCUACCCAAUCUCCUCUCUCUCCUCCUCCUAACCACCCACCUCUCCCCCGUCCACGCCAACACCGAAAAAGCCAUCUUCCUCGCCCCCUCCGCCCUCAGCAUCCCGCUCUCCCACCCCACCCUCUCCGAUCUACACCUCCCAUCUCUCACUCCCGACCACCACACUCUGCGCACGCAUAUCCGCGCCGAGUUUCCCACACCAGAUGCACAAAAGGGGAUUUCGUCAUGGUAUCUACUCGACGGGUUGAAAGAGGGACAGCGAUACGAAGUGCGAGUAUGUUGGGCUGCUACGGAUCCAACUUCAUUUCAGCUUCAGACUUAUGAUCUACCCACGGUAUUCGGAACUUCGGAAUUAAUCACAUCUCUUGCACAAUAUUCCGAGACUCAUCAACCUCUCUUCAACGAUCUUCCCGAUCCCACUUCCCAAAUUCAAGAUUUGGAUGCCAGAUACAAGCAUAAAGAUGCUACCUCGUCAACUUUAUUCCUCCAGAUUUAUGCAGCAGCCGAUUAUCACACCAUGAACCAAACUCUGAUGGAAAAUGUUCCACCCGUUUUAAUUGAUAUAAUUCUCGAUCCCUACAUAUUCAAUCUCCUACCUCAAUCGUUAGUACCAACAAUCGCCUAUAUAAUUUUAUUAGCUGUUGGCAGUUGGUAUAUUUCCCGAUACGUCAUGACAUGGAUAUACAAAAUAGGCACUGAAGAAUUGGAUCAUAAGAAAGAUUUAUGA